GCUUGCCUUUGUGGUCUAAUGUUUUAAAUCGUUCAAUGGACAUUGGAUUUGAUAAGAUUAGUGACACUUAUACUUCCGUGUCCCUCCAAACGUUACUUCCGUAUUAGACUUGCUGGACAAUAGUUCUAUCUACUGCCCGUAUUUACAUUUUGGCGACAUGCGGGCCAUUCCGGAUGAGUUAACGACGCUUAUCUCAGAUAUAGAAACGUUCCUCUCUGAUGGUCUCAAAGGGGAAAAUUUGAGCAAGAAGGCUAAAGAGAAAAAAGAAUCCAUCAUCAAACGAAUUAAAGAGGUCAAAACUGGUUACCCUCAAGAUUUUAAAGACAAAAAUGGCGAGGAUUCUGGUGAGGAGGAAGAAAUGGAAAGCAACAACGAUGGGGCAUCACUGCAGUCAGAGCGCACAGACAAAGAUGAGGACACCUCUGAAUGCACCCACCAGUCACCUCCUGUGGCAGCCCAGGACCUGCAGUUUGUCUUCAAGGCAGGGAACCUUGAGAAACGCCGGAAGGAUUUCAGCUUCUUUGGUACAGAGUGGCAGAAGAGAUGGUGUGCUCUGAACCAGCAUACCUUCUAUUACUAUGGCAGUGAUAAAGACAAGCAGCAGAAGGGUGAUUUUGGAAUUGAAGGCUACAAUGUCAAAAUGAAUAACACUCUCCGCAAAGACUCGAAGAAGGAUUGCUGCUUUGAGAUUUCGGCCCCUGACAAGCGUGUAUAUCAGUUUUGUGCGUCAUCCCAGAAGGAGGCUGAGGAAUGGGUGGAACAGAUAGACUUUGUGCUGAAAGACAUGACAGGGACCAUCCCCCUGGAUGAGGACGACCAGGCGACAUACGAUGACAUCGAUCACCCAGUCCCCCUCUCCCCUGAGCCCAUUGAUGAUGACAUCUAUGAGGAGCUCCCAGAGGAGGAUGUUGUCAGUCCUCCGAAGCCCAAUGUGGCGUCCCUGAGCAAGGCCAGCCCUCCUCCUCCGUCAGUGAUCAAGAGCACAGACUAUCCCAACUACUACCAGGGCAUGUGGGACUGUACCGGAGACCACCCAGAUGAGCUGACUUUCAAACGGGGCGAUGCCAUCUACAUCCUGAGCAAGGAGUAUCAGAACUUUGGCUGGUGGAUUGGGGAGAUGAAGGGCUCUGUCGGCAUCGUGCCCAAAGACUACCUCAUGGAGCUGUACGCCAUAUAGCUGCACCCUGGGUACGCUGCAUGGCUGAAGAGCUGAGUCAUCUGCCCUGCUAUCCAUUCCACUGCUAAUGCGCAUUUUACCAUUAGGCUGCUUUUAAUAUGAAGUGGUGCAUUUUCUGGCCUGUGGCGCCUCUUUUCCAUCAGGGUGGUUGGACAGAAAGAGUGACUCUCCCCCCCAUCGCCCCCCUGCAGAUUAGCGGACGAUGAAAAGUAUUUGGUCUGAGCUGCCGUCUGAACAUAGAGUAUUUCCACAAGUUGUAUGAUACUUUUUAUUGCUCCAUCGCAGCAAAAUAUAUCAUGAUUUGUUAAUUCAUGACCAUUGAACUUAGUGUUUAAAAUACAGUGGAUUGGUAUUGAGUUGUGCUUUAGUUAGCUAUGCUACCUAUUUAUUUUUCUAUUUUCUAUGCCAUGAAUGUUCUAGUUGGUUUGUGACAUGUGCUUCGUCUGAUGAGAAUUCCUAAAAACCUUGAGACAGCAAGCAAAUGAAUUAAAGAUGUCAAAAUCA